AUGUCUCAGUCUGUCAUUUAAGGAGAGUAAAAACGAGCCCUAAUAGAGGAAUCAAAGCUUAAUAAGAUUAUCAAUGAUUCAAAGCAGAGGCGCAGUAGAGCCACUCGAGAUCAACCUAGACAAGUAGAAAAUUAAUAGCAAGUAGUUUAGCAAUAAAAUAAGGUUUAAGCUGAUAAAGCAAGAAUGUUUAAGUCCCCUCCUCAGCAAAUUAAAAAGUAGUAGCAAAAAUAAGAACCUCAGCAAAAUGAAGUUUAAGAAACAAGACUGAGAAAAAAGAGCAGUGAAAAGAUUUAGACUACUAAAUCUGAAGGUCGUGUCUCUCGUUAAUCAGUAGAAGCUGGAAUAAAUCAUUCCCAAAUUCAACACUAAAGGCCAAAUCAAAUUCAGAUAACAGAUCAUUAGUCUCAGCACAGUGUCUAAACUCCUUACAGUAAUAAUAGUCUCACACAAGUUGCCAAGCAAAAUGACAAGAAUUUUAACUCAACUGUGAUUUCCUAGAAUAGAGAUAAAAGUUAGAAGCAACACUCUAAAAAGUAGAGUAUUUCAGGAGCUAUUGAUUAUAUUGAAAUGAAUAAGCAGUUAAUUGAACAAUAAAGAAAAGCACCAGAGCCAGUUCCUCAAGCUCAAAGAAUGAAGAUUAUGGAUACAAGCUAUGGUGAUUUAUAUAAACAACAAGCCAAAUCUAAGGUUAACACUAACCUCAGAAGCAAAAGUGUCUAUGGUUAAAGAAAGAAUAGAAUUUCAGAGGCUCCAUAACAAGCAAAAUAUAGACUUGACCUUUCACCUGAAGAACGUAUUAAAGAUGAUUUACAGAGAAAGAUAAAUGACCAAGUAAAAGAAGGUAUUAAAGAUUUAGUUCAAAGCAGAUAUGCAGAUCUAGAACGCAUGCUUAAUGAAAAUAUGGAAGCAGUCAAUGCCCCUAGUGAGGUAAACAAGAACAGACCAAUGACCCAAAUGCAUGAUAAUAACUAGAGUAAUUACUAGCUUGAGGAGUAAAGUCAGAUAUUUAACUUGGAGCAUGCUUAAGCGAUAGAUCAAGAACUUGACAAUGAAGAUAAUUACAGAACUCAAGGCAGUAUUCAGGCAAAACCUAAUAAAAUUGAAAUAAAAUCAAAGGCUGCAAUGCAAAAAACUCCAACUCAUGCUGUGAGGAAAAGAAUACCAGUAAAUUCAUAGCUAUAGGCCGAUCUUUAGCAAAUGAAAACUCCAAAAUCAAGACCUAAGCCCGUCCUUUAAUAAAAGAGAGUUUCUAAUCCAACCACUGCUAAUAAAGAAAAAUCAACUGUGAAAAGAAAUUAAGAUCAUCAUCAGACUAUUGUUGUUACUUAGUAGAGUUCCACAAUUGAGAGCAUUUAACCCUUAAAUGUGACUAAGAUUUAAAGAAAGAAGCCAGCAAAAGUUGAAAACUCCUAUACACCUAAUAAGAUAUCAGAAAAGAUACCAGAUUAAAAACCAUAAUAAAAUACUUAGAAGAAGCCAACAGUAGUUCCAAGACUCAAUUUGAACUAAGGUUCUAAUACUAAAUCUCAAAAGAGCCUAAAUUCUAAAUAAAAUACUAAACCAAGCAAGUAAGAGGCAAAGACCUAGAAUUAAUCAGUGAUUGACAGAGUUCACACAAUUGAGGUAUUUGAGAACACAAAGAAUACAGAACCUGACUAUAAAGAAGACUACAUCCAGUUGAGAACAAUAUCAAGACCCACUCUAACUAGAGAUUUUGAUCUUAAAACUAAAGAAGACUACUUGAACUUCUCAAUCGAAAAGAUCUGGCAGGAAAUGGAAGAGAUUGGCAGAAAUAAGCAAGCCUCAACUGAGUUUUUCAAGGAAUUCUAAAACUAAUACUAUGAUAUCAAGCAGGCCAGCUUCUAUGAUUAAAAUGAAUGCUCUCCAACAAAGAGACUUAUUUCAAUGAAGAAUGCUGUGACAAAGCAUCACUAGAUUCAAUCAAAGAAAGGGAUAAACGAUGGUGAAUAUUCUCUUCAAUACACUACCAGUCCAGAAAAAUCCUAUAUUGUAAAGCCUAGCGCAGGUAUAAUUGACUAUAACAAUUUCAACCAAAAAAAGGCUCAUAAGUUAGUGGAAAAAAUUAUAAAUGGAAAAGUAGAGAGAAUAGAGAUCUAAGAGAAAGGAAGCCCAAAGAAGAGCAAAACUAUAACUGAGAAAUCACCUGUGAGGAUAACUAAGGAGUUCUGCGCCAGACACAACAUGAUAGGCAUUAGCCCAGACUCUAGUGUCAUAGUUGAGGACAAUAUCACUAAAAACUAAUACUCUAUUAAUAAAAGACCCUCAGAUGUGUAUCAGCAAUAGGAAAAUGAUGAUAGCAGCAGCUACGACAAUAUUUAAAUUAAGCUUUAAACCAGAAAUGAUAUUGAUGAUGAUGAUUACGGAGAUAGUCAAAUAAUCAACAUCAGCUAGAAUGGAGGAAAGUAAAUUCUUAUCGAAGGAAGAAGAUGA